UUUCAAGCACAGCCGUGUGCCCCCGUCCCACCCUGCGAGUCUUCCACAUAACCGUCGCAUAGCAGAUCUACGGCCUGCUGAGAAGGAAGCUCGGUACUUGGCUCUGUCACAGCGUUAUGGUGUCCCUGCGUUUCGCCCAGGAUAGUCAUUGAGCGAAGCUGUUUACUUCAAGUGUCAAGAAAAGGGCCACCUAGCAUCGAAGUGCCCAACAAAGCAAGAGACUGUCACACAGCAGCCAGCCACAGCUUCAACAUCACUUCAUGCACCAGCCCCUGCGCUGCACACAAGCCCUUUGGAAGGCGUACAUGGCUCCCAUCUAGAGUGUUCAUUCUUUACAGCUGACAUUGCACUCUUGGGCUCCUACGACGCCUUCCCGGACACAGGGUCCAAGAUAACUACAGUGACCAAGUUUGCAAUCAAGAAUCUUCCACUGAUGCCCUGGACACGCGAGCCCCUAACCGUUGUUGGUGGGUCAAGCGUGCAUCCAGCAGGCACGGUCUGCCUUAAGAUUACAGUGGGCCCCAUAACAGCUCUAGUGGAAGCCGCUGUGAUCACCAAUAAUGUCUUGCCGGUGAUACUGGGUGAAGAUUGGUUUUGUGCCAGCAAUACAAGACUUUUGUUCGAGCCUCCAAAUCCAGCCAAAAUCCACCAUCUGGCCUCUGGUACAGUCAUACAGGCGCACCAGAAGCUGUAUCCACGUGCCUCAUGCGCAGUAAUUCUUCGGCAGUCUUUCCUAGCUCAAUGUACUGAAGUGCCAUGUUCAGGUGGUCUCCAGGAAGCACCUCUCCCAGGAAUGGAGCCCCUUUGGAAGCCUUUGUGUAAAAGCCUGCCAGAACAAGCCACUGUUGCUCCAGAAGGUACAGUAGCCAUAACAAUUCAUCCUGACCUUCCUCCCGUUUUUGCUGCAAAGGACCUAUCAGAGAUGCAGCAAGUAGCCCUGGCUACGGCCCUUUCAGAUCAUCAUCUCACAUUUGCUCGUGAUGAGGAUGACAUCGGCCAUUUCCAAGGUGUUGAACAUUGCAUAGACUUAGUGCCCGAUGCCGUGCCGUACAGCCGAAGUCCAUGUCGACUUGCCUGUCUUUUUGCAUUGCUAGUGUUGUACUUUUUCUUUUUCUUCUCCAGUUGUGUAAGCAGCAACCGCUCAUUAUUAUCUGUCCUCCGCAAGGCCUCCCCAGAAAAUCAGCCAUCAUGGGUAACUAAGUUAGAGGAAGCAGCAUUCGCUGUAAACACUACACUCGAUACAAGCACUGGCUUCAGUCCAUUUGAGCUACUCUACGGGUACAUCCCAAGGCUACCAGCGGAACGCUACCAGCCAGUGAGCAACUCUUCGCUCAAAGAUGGAUCUCUGGAUGUCCAAGCACAUCGUACUGAGGCCAUGGCUAACUGCGAAGAAGCUCAAGAUCGCAGGAAGAACUUCUAUGACGGAAUGCAUUGUCCGCAUACGGUCAGUGUUGGUGAUUUUGUGUGGAUCCGUCACCAACAACCUGUGCUUAAAGGGCUUGAGAAACUGUCCCCUCGCUUCAGAAGCAUCUACUGCCUAGCAGAACGUCUUACGCCUGCCACAUUUAGGGCCAUCCAGGUUUCAAGUCCGUCCACCAGGCACUCUGCUCAGCCAAGAACAGUGCACGUUUCACAACUGAAACGUUAUGUGCCGCCACUGCCUGGUGAAGUGCCUGGAAGACACAGUGUCAAUUUUGUCGUCGUCCUCUGAACAAGAUUCACCUUCGUGCCCUCAGCAGUGCGAACCGCCCAGCCUGCAGCAAUCAACCGGCAGUGUGUCACGUAGCUCAGAAACUGCAUCUACUGUGCCGCUGAACGAUCGGCGCCCAGUCAGACAGCGCAGACUGCCCACCCAUCUUCAGGACUAUUCAGUGGACUUUUGAAAGUGCUGUGCUUGUGCCCCUUGCAAUUUCUUUAGAGUUUUUCAUUGCCUGAUUUUGGCUUUAAUCCAUGUAGAACAUUUAUUGCCUUGCCUCGUCUGUUGCUAUUUGCCUGUCACAUGCCUCUGUUUUCCUUCCUCACCUAUUCAUGCCUAGUAUUGCCAUACAUUGCCCGUUGUCCAUGUCUAGCGUUUUCUCCCCUUUGCCUAGCCUUAGUUCACACUUGUAAUCAAAGAGGACUUUGAUCAUAAAACUGGGGCCGGAUGUGAGGUACCUCAGAGACUCCCACGUCCACUUCGCCAGCCGCCCGACAGAUGGCAGCACCUGUCUGGCAUUCUCCCCCGUUUUCCCGCCUUUAGCUUGGAGAGGAGAGCAGAGUCAGUGUCUGCCCCGCUGUCAUGUAGGACUGUUCU